AUGUCGAACAUCGUCGGAAUUGAAUAUAACCGUGUAAACAACACCACAUCUAAUGACUUCCCAGGGUUUUCACCUGAUGGUUCUAAUGCCUGGGAUGUUGAAAAAUUCAGAAAUACCUUCAAAGUUGAAAUAUCGUCCUUAAAUGAAAGAGAGGCCAAUUUUGAUCUUAUUAAUAUUGAUACUUCGAUCGCAAAUGCGUUCCGUCGUAUCAUGAUCUCAGAAGUACCUGCUGUUGCCGCUGAAUACGUCUAUUUUUUAAAUAAUACUUCAGUUAUUCAAGAUGAAGUGUUAGCUCAUAGAAUUGGGUUAAUCCCAUUGAAGGUCGAUCCAGAUUUAUUAACUUGGGUUGAUAAUGAAUUACCAGAUGAGGAAAAAUUUAAUGAUACAAAUACUAUUGUCUUAACUUUAAAUGUCAAAUGUACCAGAAAUCCUGAUGCUCCAAAGGAUGCUACUGAUCCUAAGAUUCUUUACAGAAACUCCAGCGUUUAUGCCUCUGAUUUGAAGUUUGAACCUCAAGGGAAACAAAUAGAAACUUUUGCUGGAACACCAGUGGUACCAUGUGAUCAAGAUAUCUUAUUAGCUAAACUAAGGCCAGGCCAAGAAAUCUCUUUAAGAGCUCAUUGUAUCCUAGGUACUGGUGGAGAUCAUGCCAAAUUUUCACCUGUGUCUACUGCAUCUUACAGAUUAUUACCUCAUAUUAAUAUUACGAAACCAAUUAAGGGUGAAUUAGCAGAAAAAUUCCAAAAAUGUUUCUUACCUGGUGUUAUUGGUAUUGAUAAUGCAAGUGGGGAAGCAUUUGUUAAAGAUGCAAGAAAGGAUACUGUAUCGAGAGAAGUUUUGAGACAUGAGGAAUUUAAUGAUAAAGUCAAGUUAGGUAGAAUAAGAGAUCACUUUAUCUUUAAUGUCGAAAGUACUGGUGCAAUGACACCAGAAGAAAUAUUUUUUAAGUCUGUCAGAAUUUUGAAAAACAAAGCAGAAUAUUUGAAAAAUUGUCCAAUUACUCAAUAG